CCGGAAGAGAUCUCCGGGGCCCGAGAGCAGCGCCGAGCGGCAUGGGCGCCCUUGGCAAGCUCAGGGCGGCGCUCCCGGCUGGCCUAAGGGCAGUUCGGCCGCCGCCAGAGAGGCUCUUCGGAGGCGCCUCCGCCGCGCAGCUCCGCCCUCGGCCUCCCGCUCCGGAAGCGGCGGCGACAGCCGCGCUCUACGUCCACUGGCCCUACUGUGAGAAACGCUGCAGCUACUGCAACUUCAACAAGUACAUUCCCCGAAAUCUUGAUGAGCAGAAAAUGAGGAACUGUCUUGUUCAGGAGGCCCAGACCCUGAUCCAACUCAGCCAAGUCAAGAGAAUCACAUCAGUGUUCUUUGGUGGAGGGACGCCAAGCCUGGCCAACCCGCUCACCAUUGCUGCUGUCCUGGACACUGUCUCCCAGUGUGCCCAUUUAGCAGAAGGCACUGAGGUUACACUGGAAGCCAAUCCCACUUCAGCAGAUGCCUCGUGCCUGGCUGAGUUCCAGAAAGCUGGUAUCAAUCGCCUCUCCAUUGGUGUCCAGUCACUUAAUAAUACAGAGCUGAAACUCCUUGGAAGGAACCACACAUCUUGUGACGCUCUACGAACUUUAGAAGAAGCCAAGAAACUCUUUGCAGGCCGUACUUCCAUUGACCUCAUAUUUGGACUCCCGGGUCAGACCAAUGCAUCGUGGAUCCAGGGUCUGGAGGAACUGCUCACCGUGUGUGAUGACCACAUCUCUCUCUACCAGCUGACACUGGAGAGGGGUACUUCGCUUUUCAAGCAAGUCCACCAGGGCACCCUGCCCAUGCCUGAUCCAGAUGUAGUAUCAGAGAUGUACGAGUGCUCCCGGCAUGUUCUGCAAAAUUCAGGUUUCCAUCAGUACGAGGUCUCCAAUUUCGCUAGGAAUGGGGCACUUAGUACCCACAACCUGUCCUAUUGGCAAGGGAGUCAAUAUAUCGGGAUUGGACCAGGAGCCCAUGGGAGAUUUGUGCCGUGGGGAGAUGGCAAGGUGCAUCGGGAAGCCAGGAUACAGACUUUGGAGCCAGAUGUAUGGAUGAAGGAGGUGUUGGCCGUUGGGCACGGGACCCGGAAGCGGACUGAACUCAGCAAACUGGAUAUACUGGAAGAGGUUCUGAUGUUGGGGCUUCGUAUGGAUAUAGGAAUUACACACAAGCACUGGCUGCAAUUUGCCCCUGACCUCAGCCUGUGGGAUGCAUUUGGAGAAUCAGAGGAAGUGAAAGAGCUGGAGGAGUGUGGUUUGCUGCUUCUAGACGACAAGGGACUUAGGUGUUCUUGGAGAGGCCUGGCUGUGUUGGAUUCUCUGCUGCUGACACUUCUCAACCAGUUCCAGAAAGCCUGGGUGGAAAGAGAAAAAACGUUCAAUCAAACCUGAAGUCCCUACUUAGGUUCCUUAAGAAGUAAAGGAUGGCAGGAAGCAGCCUUAUACUGGGUAGGGCAGGACACUAGGGAUUAGGAAUGUUCCAACCUUGUGCACUGACUCACACUACCAUCCGGGGAUAGUAAUUUAGCCAUCUUGAUCUCAUUUUCUCCACCUACUAAAGUUGGGAUAAUGACCAUGAGCCUUGCAGAUGAAAUACACGUUAUGGAACCACAGCAUUCUCAUGAUGUUAGUAGCAAGGAGGGAAAACAAGGCAACAAAAUGGAAUGCAGGGCAUUGAUCCGUGCAGGGGUAGGGCCCACAUCCUCAGGUGGCUUGCCCUGAUGGCGUCACUAAUCACUGGUCCAACAGGCUGAACGAGUAACUUUCUACAUAGGAUGAAAUUUCAGCCACUGUCCAUUAAACCCAUAGCUAAAAGCACAAUGCAAACUUAUACUUCAGAGGUAGGAUGACUAUAUUUCAGGGGUGAUUUAAAUUGAGAAAGCACCAUAUUUUUUGCUCUAUAAGACGCACCAGACCACAAGACGCACCUAGUUUUUGGAGGAGGAAAACAA